CUCAUCGUAGGCUAUUAUGAGUGGUAAAAACAUGCCGAAAAUGUCCUCCACCAGCAGCCAGCAGGAGGUGAGCAGCAUCGAGCCGCGGAAGUCGCACCCGAAAGAUGCCUGGACCGUCAACAUCCCACCAGAUGAGAAAAAAGAAGUUUCAUUCUUUCAGAAGAAAUGGCGGACAGAAAAAAGCUUGACUUCCCACAGAGGCGACGAAGUGGUCAGCAUACACAGUGACCAAAACGAAGAUGAGCCGCAGCCUGUUCCAUCCGGCCUUGGUUCGGCUCAUUUAGAACAAAGAACUGACACAUGUGUAGCUGAUCCCAGUCCAGCUGGUAUGCAUAGUAUGUUUUGGACGUUUUGUAAAGUUUCCCGGCAGGGCAACCAAAGCGUCAGCACAGAGCCCGACCAACAUCUUACCAAACCCAAGCGCAGGAAACGCGUAUUUCAACGAAAGCCUUACGAGCGCCAUAUCUUUUACGAAAGACCUGUCCCGCAUCCAUCCGAUCCAGAGCCCCCUCAUGGAUUGUAUUUAACUGACCCCAGACCAUUUGGUUUUUUAGAAGACUUUAUAGAGCGCUAUGGAAACCAUCCUGAAAGCUACGAUGCCCCCCAAUCAUGCGUAACUCGCAGAUCUGAUGGCCAACGAGUCGGCAUCAGAUUUGUUGAAAAGAAGACAAGUGACAGAUUUAUUACCAUUCCCGGGUAUGACAAGCCUUUGAACUCAAAAGUCGCACUGAACGUGUUGCUGUCGAAACCCCCGAGAGCCCAGCACGUGGAACAAAUGUGCGAGUGGUUCGACACAAAAAGAUCACUCAUCAUGGUUAUGGAAAACCUGCAACCCUUCAAGACUUUAAAGAAGUUUAUUCAAGGCAAUGAGUCUUUAUUGACCGAAGACAUGGCACAGGAAAUCAUGAGACAGGCAGUGAUGGGAGAAAAAGAAUGCCUUGAUCGGGGUGUGUUUCAUCAAGGCCUCUAUUUGGACACCAUCUUGUUCAACCCCAAGAACCUGAAGCUCCAUAUCACAGAAUUCAGUAAAGGGACUAUUGUUGACACUGCUGACUUUGACAUCAGCCAAUACAGCGGUAAAAGCCUCCCCGUGGAGUAUAAGAAGAGAGCCAGAUACAUCGCGGAAGUGGAAACGGUCUGGUCUCUCGGCAGUUUACUGUAUAUGAUGCUUGUGGGACAUGAGCCUUACUGUGAUGAAGAUAGAAAGGCCACUGAGACGCUCAUCUUUGAGUACACUGCAAGCAAAGCUCCAUCCACCCAAAAGGAGAAGCAUUCUUUUAAACAGAAAUUUAAAGGUAUGAUGGGGAAGAAAAAAGCGACACCGAACCAGCAUGAAAGGUUUAGUUUAUCCAGAGAAUGCCAGGAUUUAUUACAACGCUGCUUGAAUCGCAGUGAAGUCCACAGAGCGACUCUUCAACAGAUUCUGGAACAUGAGUGGUUUCGAGUUCGACUUGAGCCCAAACCGCCGUGUCCAUUAUCUCAAUACAAAGCCCUUCCCAAAUCUCCUAAAUUUACUGAGCAGUAUGAAAAGGGAGAGCCACUUGAGUUUGGCAGAAUGUGGAGCUGUACUAGGAAAGUUGAUGGCCAAGAGUUCAUCAUGAAACAUUCCUCAUACUCAGUUUUCGACCGACGUGUUAUCUUGGUUGAUUAUGGCACAGUCAUGGAUACUGAAGUGGGUUUAAAUGUGGUGAUGCAACAGAUGCCGAGUAGCCACGGCGUUUUACUGAUGGAGAGCGCAUUUAGAGACACAUCAGGACACAUCUUGGUUUUCAGACACCCGGGUCCCUGCAAGUCCUUAGAAAAGUUCCUCAAACGCAAGGGAGGUCGUGUGAGUGAACACAUGGCCCGUGAAUUCAUGGUUCAAGCAGCGAUGGCAGUGAAAGACUGCUUUGACCAGGGCGUGUAUCAUGAGGACAUCACUUUGGUCAACUUCCUGGUGAACACGGAGACGCAGAAGCUGCUGUUACAUAACUUCAGCAAAGGGCAGCUCGUCGACACCGAAUACGACAGCAGCCUAUACAGAAGUAAAGCCCUCCCUGUGGAAUUAAAGAAGAGAGAGAGAUAUUUGGCAGAAGCGUCAGUCGUCAGUGCUCUCGGCUGUAUGCUGUACACCAUGGUGAAUGGAGGUCGACCCCGUGUCACUAAGCGUGGUUGUGGAACAGAUAAGCUGACCUUUCGCAGCAGUUUAUCCAGAGAAUGCCAGGAUUUAAGCGUCCACUGCUUGAAUCAAAAAGUCAUCCACAGGGCAACAAUACAGGAGCUUUUGGAGCAUGAAUGGUUUCAGGUCCAUCUGCCGGAUCACAAAGAAGAGUCAGAGGCAAUUUUUUCUUGUUUGACUUCGUAAAUGGCGAGGACGAAGAAUGUGAAGAUGAAGAUGCGCUGACGAAGCCGC